UUUCUCUCAAACUCUUUCAUUUACCAAGCUUCCCAUACUUGUGUAUAAGUAUAGGAGAGUGAAAUCAGAUUUAGCAUUUACUCACCUUCCAACAUCUCUCUCUCUCUCUCUCUCCAAAGAGUUGAAGGAAAAAUGGGUUUUCUUGACAAUCUCUCAGACAUGUUUUCAGAUAUCACCAUAACGAAGAGGAAACGCAAACCCAUGCAGACAGUUGAAAUCAAGGUGAAAAUGGAUUGUGAUGGCUGUGUAAGGAAAGUCAGAAAUUCUGUUACCUCCAUGAAAGGUGUGAAAUCAGUGGAUGUAAAUCAAAAACAAAGCAAGGUAACAGUUAGUGGUUAUGUUGAGCCAAAGAAGGUGUUGAACAAAGUGAAGAGCACUGGAAAGAGAGCUGAGUUUUGGCCUUAUGUCCAAUACAAUCUGGUCUCUUACCCUUAUGCACCUCAAGCCUAUGACAAGAAGGCACCCUCUGGUUAUGUGAAAAACGUCGUUCAAGCACUUCCCAAUCCAAACGCACCCGAAGAGAGGCUCAGUAUACUUUUUAGCGACGAAAACCCGAAUGCAUGUACAAUUAUGUAAGGAAAUUUGAGGUUUGUGUGUUAGAAAUUAUGGACAUGUUUGGUUGGAGAUGAAGGUGGACUAGAAUGAGUUAAUGGCAGCUUGUUGUACUUUGUCGUAGGAGCCUGGAAGGCAAAUUUUGUUUGUGCUUGGCUGUAGAGAAUCUGCUUGAAAUAUGAUAUAUUUAUUAGUAGAACGUGUCUCUGUAUGUAUAACUCUAGUAAAUUCAUUUUGUGCAGAAUCCAAUUUAGGGGUUGAACUAAGAAUAAUGACGGGGUUUUGUAUCUAAAAUUCUAAAAAGGGGAUAUGAUUGUUUAUCACUUGCGUCUUUGAGACCUUACUAUUGGUGGACUUAUGAUAAUGGGUGCAACUUUUAGGACAGAGCUUUGCUUACUUUCUAU